UUGUUUGUCUGUAACGCGAUUGGUCGGUGUCAGGUGCCCGCCAUUUACCCUGAGCUGCCAGUGCUUGAUAUGGACUGGGAGCAGCUGGAUGUGCAUCCUCAAAUUAUUGCAGCUGUUAAUAAGGCAAAUCUAAAAUCUGUCAGAGAUAUUUUAUCCUACUCCGUCGUGGAUCUUCAGAGGAUCACGCAGCUGUCCAUUGGUCACAUCCAUCUCUUACAGAAGGCAGUCUCUGCUACUUUGCGGAAAAAUACACUGGUUACAGCAUUACAGCUGUACAGAGAAAAGAGUACCUUUCCUUCCCAGCACCAGAAGCUGAGCCUGGGAUGUAGCGUCCUGGAUAAGCUCCUGCGAGGUGGGAUCCCCCUGGUGGGCAUUACAGAACUAGCUGGGGAGAGUUCCGCAGGGAAGACCCAGAUUGCUCUCCAGCUGUGUCUCUCGGUGCAGUACCCAGUAGAAUAUGGGGGUCUCGGAGCAGGUGCUGUCUACAUCUGCACAGAAGACGCCUUCCCAAGUACGCGCCUGCAGCAGCUCAUACGGUUACAGAAUAAGCAGAGGGCAGAAGUUCCGGCUGACGUCAUUCGCAACAUCCGCUUUGGAGACCUUAUUUUUAUUGAGCACGCAGCGGAUAUAGACACGCUUACAGACUGCAUCACCAAGAAGCUCCCCAUCCUCCUCCGGCGCGGUCACAUCCGUCUGAUCAUUAUCGAUUCCAUUGCGGCUUUGUUCCGCUGUGAGUUUGCUGCCAGUGAUGCUGUCCUGAAGGCUAAACAUCUGCAGACGCUUGGGGCCAAACUUCACCAGCUCAGCAGCAGCUCCAUCACUCCCGUAUUCUGCAUCAAUCAGGUCACAGAUACGGUAAAAGAAACAGACUCUGUCCUGACUCACUGUGGGCUUCAGGACAGAAAGGUGUUGCCAGCCUUAGGGAUUUCCUGGUCUAACCAGCUGUUGAUGAGACUCAUGGCUUCUCGCACGCAGCGCUCGGCCCCUCCGCCACACACAGGAAGCAUUUUACGGACAAUGGAAGUCAUGUUUGCACCACAUGUUCCUCGGGCCACUUGUUACUACACGGUAGACCUGGAAGGUGUGAAGGGAAUUGAUGCAGAGGAGACAUGAACGGUGUACAAGAUGAUCUGGAAAUACCUGCUGGCUUAUGCAGCAAUGACGUCAAGACGUACUGGAGAUGUUCCCCGGUAAUAGUUAGACGCCUUCAGAGGACAUGAACAGGACUGCGGCCACCUGGGCCUACACUGAGAGAGGCAAUAAAUGCUGAUUGACUCUGUAGCUAUAAAUACAACGCGUCAGUGGUACUAAUCAGACACCAAAUCACAACCACAAUAGUCCUUAUAUAUAUAUAUAUAUCUCCUUUAACGACUUCUCUAGAAAGAAUAGUCUGCAUUUGCUGGAGAGAAAAUAAUGGUAACAAUUACAAUGCAGUAAUUAUUUUACUGCCCUUUCUUCUAUAUUUUGUACUAGAUGUUUACACAAGCAUUAUAGUGUUUUAUUACGUUGCUUAUGUCAUGUCUAUCACGUCUGUGCUCACAGGAAGAUCACCCAGAAGUUACAAAACCUGUCUGAAUGCAAACAUGGUCAUCUGCAACCACCCUCCAGGUGACCUCGCCCUACGUCCGUGAUGGCUACGGAGGAAUUUCUGUAUGUUUCUUAUUAUUGAUAGAAUCUGAUAGUCUCAUAGAAGUAACUGCUACAAUGUAUAACAUUGCGCAUUGUCCUGUCCCGUGUGUCCAUAUUCCACAGGUAAUUGUAGAAAAAGAUUGUUCUGCAGUAAACUGUACUAUAAUUGAAACUAUUACGGUCAUCAGAAUGGUUGCCGCAGGUAACGGCUAUUUCCUGCAGUUUCCAUAAUUGUUACGUGAUAUUUGGCUCUGGCCCCCCAUGAAGCAAUCUAAACGGCAUGCUGAAUUUGAAGAACCAAUUUCCGAACUUAAAAGUGUGUAUACUAAAAACGAAUGCACAUAGAAUACAAUGAAACCUCAAUUUA